GAGCACAGAACAGCGAUUCGGGUUUUAGUGGUAGGGUUGUAGCACAGGUAUAAGGGCUUUAAUUUUUUUUUUCACACUGGGAAAACGGUAGUAGGAAUCUUUUCUCUUCUCGGGCGAUGGCGGUACGAUAUGCGGUGGUGGUGUACGUGGUGACAGCCGGGCUUCACGGGGAAAACUUGGGAGCUGACGAGCAAGAGGUGGUCCUCUUCUCUUGGUUAGUGGUGGACCUAGUUAACACCAAGGUGGUGGUGGUACAACAACACUUGGUAAAACCCAGAAGUCUUGAUGUCAAUGAAAACCUCCUCUCCGACACUUGUAGAUCUGUUUUCCAACUGACUGAAGAAGCCGUGAAGAAUGGACAGGCUCUUGAAAAUGUCAUAGAAGAGUUGGACCAGUUUGUGAAAGCCAAGUUAGAUAAUGAUGGCAGCAGAAACUUUUGUCUGGUUACUGACAGUCAACUCCAUCUCAGACAAGUUCUUCACCCCGAGGCUACUAAGAAGAAUUUUUCUCUUCCUGACUAUUUUUGCUCAUUCUUUGAUUUAAGGAAGGAGUUCCGAAUGUUUUACCACACCGACGAAAUUCUCUCCAUACAAGACAUGCUUAACUAUCUCGCCAUCGAAGCGAACGAGUCCGCCGAGGCUACCAACAGGCACGUUCAAGACAUGGCCAAAGUGAUCAUCAGAAUGAUCACUGACGGUUAUAAAUUUGAAAAUCCGGAUACAAUUAAUGAAAGAUUGGAAGCAGGCAUAUGCAGCAAGAAUGAAGUAGUCGAUAGCAAUACAGUAGUAAGAGCACGCGGGUUGCCGUGGCAGUCGUCUGAUCAGGACAUAGCUCGAUUUUUUAGAGGCUUGAACAUAGUCAAAGGAGGAGUAGCUCUUUGUCUGAGUCCCCAAGGACGGCGGAAUGGGGAAGCUCUUGUAAGGUUCGUCAAUCAAGAGCACAGAGAUAUGGCCCUAAAGAGACACAAACAUCACAUUGGGCAACGAUACAUCGAAGUCUACAGAGCUACUGGGGAAGACUUCGUCAAUGUUGCGGGAGGAAGUAAUAAUGAGGCUCAAACAUUCCUUUCCCGCGGUGGACAAGUGAUUGUGAGAAUGAGAGGCCUUCCUUAUGAUUGCACAGCUAAGCAAGUGUUGGAGUUCUUUGGCAGUGGAGACAGCCCCUGUCAAAUUCUUGAUGGUGAAGAAGGUGUUCUGUUUGUGAGAAAAGCCGAUGGACGGGCGACUGGAGACGCAUUCGUGCUGUUCGAGUCUGAAGAUAUGGCAGCACGCGCUCUUCAGAAACAUAGAGAGCUUAUUGGCUCUCGCUACAUUGAAUUGUUCCGUAGUACAACAGCUGAGGUUCAACAGGUGACGUCACUCUCUAAAGUACUUAAUCGCAGCAUGGACCCCCGAACCUAUGAACAACAGCAACCUUUGAUAGCGAACAUUCCCCAAGUCCCAUUGCUUCCACAGCAGUUGCUUCCCUCUGGAUCCAGAAAAGAUUGUAUACGACUUCGGGGAUUGCCAUACGAGGCACAGGUGGAACACAUUCUUGAGUUCUUAGGGGAUCACUCCAAAAACAUCGUUUUUCAAGGAGUUCACAUGGUUUAUAAUGCUCAAGGCCAGCCAUCUGGCGAGGCUUUCAUCCAGAUGGAUUCAGAACAAUCAGCCUACCUGGCAGCACAGCAGCGCCACCAUCGCUACAUGGUCUUUGGAAAGAAACAGCGUUACAUAGAAGUUUUUCAGUGUUCGGUGGAUGACAUGAACCUCGUCCUCACUGGUGGAAUUCCUGUCCAGAGACAGCUUAUUUCUCCAGGAGGAACAAUGCUGCCGCCACCUUAUGGUGUAUAUCCUUACGUGCAGACGACUCCAGUGUUGCCGACGGUGGCUCCACUAACGCCACGAGUGCCUACCUACUACCCGCAAAUUUUCUACUGGCCUUAUCCGAGUCCACCUGUGUCGCCUACUACCUACUACAGUCACACUGGGCCUACCAUGGUAAUCAUGCGCGGGCUUCCGUUUAACUCCGCUGUAGCUGACAUUCUCAACUUUUUCCAGGGGUUUUCAGAGUUAACUUCCGAAUGUAUUCAGCUUCAACGGAAUGGAGACGGUCGACCAAACGGUGAAGCUUUAGUAACUUUUUCCUCAAGAGCUGAGGCGGAACGUGCUAUUCAGGAAAAGAACCGCCAGAACAUCGGAAACCGUUACAUUGAACUUUUUAUGGCUUGAAAUAAAAACGAAAGUAGCACUUGUUGGCGAUUUGGAACAAUAUAUCCCUGAUGACAUCCACGUUUAGCUGUGAUGAGAUUGUAAACUUAAUUAUCAUUUAGACAUGCAAGAUAGUGAACCUUUCGAGUUUUUAUUAGUGAUUCAGUACAAUAUAUUCUUUUAUCGAUCUUGCGAUGACAACAAAAUCGAUGUCUUCCAAUAAUGGUUCUUCCUGGUCAGAGUAAACUCCUAAUGACUAAUAAGGAAAAACACAUUUGUAUAGCAGUUUAGUGUUUCUUUGAUAUACACGUUAACUUGUACUUUAUUCAUGAUUUUUAGUAAAUGCCAUUAUCUUGUAUUGUCUCGAAUAUUAAGACAUUUUUGAUAAUCUUUUUGAGUGUAAAGCAGAUAAACUCUUCACUUUUGUUACGCUUUUCUUUUUAGAUGACCGGAAUUUUGUAUUAUUGUAAUUGAGAAUUCUUUCAGCAUUUACUUUUUUGUGCUGUUAGUUUUAUAUAUGUAUUACUGUGUUCUAUAUGUCGUUUCACGUAAGUUAUUUAUAUGAGAAAACAUAUUUUUCACAGUUUUGAAGUGCAUUCCAAGUGCCUUAUGCUAUAAUGACAAUUGAAAUUGCGCGUGCUAUUUUGUGACUUGUAUUUGAACAUUAUAUAUAUAUAGAAUAUCUCGAAGCCUUUUUUUAUGUUUAUUAGCUGAAUAGAAAUCUAAUAGAGCAAUCAAAACAAGCCGCUGUUGUGAGUACUGCGUAUAUUUUCACGUUUUGUAUGUGUAGUGUAGAUUGUUUUAAUAGUAGUUGAUUUGACAUUGCGGCACGCUCUUCAAUUUGUAUAAUCACGUUCAGCGUUGUAAUCAACAUUUCUGCCAUGUAUAUUUUCCUAGUUAUUAAUUUUUAUUUUAUCUUAUUAUCGAUAGAUGAAAUGAGCUUAGAAACCGCUCUUGAAUUUUAUUUUUCAUUUUUAUUGAUUUUGACGUGCUGGAUGACGUACAUUAUUGCUAAGGGUUUUAAAAACCCGAGUAAUACAACGUGUUAAAUGUGUGAACCUUUUAAAAAUGAAGUUAAUGUGUGUGUGUGUGUGUUUUAUUAUUCUUGUUUCGUGUAUUUUAUGUAUAGUGACAAUUUUGUAUACUAUAUAGAAGUUUAAACUUCAGAGAAAUCUUGCAUUGGGCUCAUCAUGUCUGUUUUACACUUGCAUCAAUGUUGUCUCAAAAAUAUCAAAAUGUUUCUUUUAUUUGGAAAAACAACAAUUACGAGUUCUUUUAUAAUCAUUUUCUUUUAUUUUCGGUGGAUUUUAAUAUAAAAGAACUUUUACAUAAUAUAAAUUAGGCCUAAAAUUAAAACAAAGCCCGUAACUUUCACUUGAAACAUAGCUUUAAUAGUUUAAAUAACUUUUUAUUGUGGAUUUUAAAAGAAAUUAGUUUUGCUUUACCACAUAUUUCGCAAAGAGAAUUAAAUAUGCACCUACCGGAUGAGAUUGAAGCAUUUUUUAGCGUAAUUUAAUUAAAUUCAAUUUAAUUUGCAUGAUUCAAUAAUUAUUGUUUGUAGUUUUUUGUGAUUUAUUCUGUUUUUUGUGUGAAAUAUUGAUAGUUCACUUAAGCCAAUAGAUUCUUGUAAAUGGUCUGGAAAAAUUAAAAGAUUUUGCAAUUUAUGUAUUAAAAAAGGCUGUAUACAAGGCACUUGUAAAAAACAUACGAUCCUACUUUUGAUAGUUAAAGAAAGCCUGGGUGCCUUAAAGAGAAUCAAAUCAAGUUGAUUGUAUAUUUUGAGAUGUGUGUAUUAAACGACAAUAAAUUCCUUGCAUUAA